AUGCACGUGCUGGCAAACCGAAUAGGUAGCCAUGGAAAAGAAGUGGAUUAUCGGAAACGCGGCUUCUUCGAUGGUGACGACUCUGGACAGGACGAGAAUCUGUCGACCUUCCUGCGAAAUAUGACGUCCGAUUUCCGCUUCAUAUUCAUGGCCACCGAUUCGAGCCGGAUGCGCAAAUUUUUGGAGGAGGCCGUCUCGGAUAGUUUCGCGCACAUAAUACCCCGGACGCUGGCUGAGAUCUACGACGAGUUAUGUGUUUCCCUGCCCUACGAUCUGGAGGAAUAUUCCCCCGACUCCGGAUCGAAUGCUGGUUCCGUUACCCACACCCCGACCAAAAAAGAUCCAUUUGCCGAGCACUCGCUUUAUGAGGGGAACAGAGCAGCUGCAAAAGCCAUGAUGGACACUUUCCUCGAUGAAUUGGCGUCACUUAGCGCUCCAGGCGAUCGCAAAUCGAAUGGCGGAGCUAAAGUCGGCGAAAAGCGUCGUCUCUCCAACGACUCAAAAGCCGAGCAGCCUGAGCGGAAAACUGUCCGCAAGAAGACCCAACGCAACCGUACGGGAAGGGCCGUCAAGAAAUCCGGCAAGGUCUACGUAUCUCACAUCCUUGUCAACACUUACAACCACAACAAAUUGCGCCAGAACGAGCCCGUCUGCAACAUCAAGGGGCAAAUUUAUUUCGACAAAGUGGAAAGUGCCAACCUCCGCUGGCAGCAUCUUGUGGAAUUGAAGAAACGAAAGCUGCUCAACGGCAAGCGGCAGCGCAACAACCAGAAGAAGCUGAUCAAGCCGAUCAGGGAGCGGUCAAGCGACGAUUCUUCAACAAAUGGUACUACCGAAGCGACAACUAACAAUCAGCUGCUGGAGCCAAAGCGAGAAGCGAUCACCCCCGACAGCGAUGAAGAGGAAUUA